AUGGAUUCGGAGAACAAAGAUGCCUUCAAGGCAACCGAGUCUUCCGUCGUCGACCCCUGGGUUGCUGCGGACGAGAGUGCAAGAGUUGGCUAUACAGCAGAGGUAGACAAGGAAGCUGAGAAGAAACUUCUGCGAAAGCUGGACUUGCACCUGGUGCCCAUCGUGAUGUUGCUUUACAUGAUGAGCUUUCUGGACCGCGUCAACAUCGGAAACGCCCGUCUCUACAAAAUGACCGAGAACCUGAAUCUCGUUGGCAACGAGUAUCAGAUGUCAGUUUCGAUAUUCUACGUCACCUUCUUAGUUUUUGAAGUUCCUUCGAACCUUGUACUUAAGAAAUUCACGCCGUCCCGCUACAUUGCCGUCUUGACUUUUUUCUGGGGCAUCAUCUGCACCCUCACCGGCAUCUGCCAGACAUAUGCGCAACUGCUCGCUUGCAGGUUGCUUCUCGGAAUUUUUGACGCUGGCCUGUUUCCCGGCUUGGCCAUCUAUCUCACAAUGUUUUAUACCAAGAAAGAGUUAGGUCUCCGUAUUGGAUAUCUCUUCGUUAGUGCUGCGAUUGCAGGUGCCUGUGGUGGUCUUCUCGCCUAUGGUAUUGGCCAUAUGUCAGGCAUCCGUGGCAUGGAGGGAUGGAGAUGGAUCUUCAUUUUGGAGGGAAUCCUUACCGUCCUUCUUGGUGCUGCAGUUCCGUUCCUCCUGCCCAAUCAGCCGGAAGACAUUUCAUUCCUCUCGAAAGAUGAACGGGAAUUGCUUGCGCUGCGAAAGUCCUUGGAAGUAGGCCAGACUUCUUCAGCCCAGGAGCUCCAUUGGUCUGAUGUGAAGAAAGCUUUCACAACCUGGUACUGCUGGGUUUUCUACUUCGCUCAAUUUGGAUGCGGCACAAUGCUCUACGGCUAUUCCAACUUCCUUCCUACCAUCAUCGACGGCUUGGGCGGAUGGAGCAUUCCCCUGGCCCAAGCACUUACCAUCCCAUGCUACACCGUGGGCGCCAUCUCCUACCUCAUUGUGGCAUACCUCUCCGACCGAUGGCAGCAGCGCGGACUCUUUGUUGCGGGCUUUGGAAUCGUGUCUAUCAUCGGGUACGCGCUGCUUAUCUCAGACGUGCCAUUUGGAGUCCACUACUUUGCGUGCUUCGUCGUAGCCACGGGGUUGUACGUCGUCGUUGGCCUUCCCUUGGCUUGGCUGCCGGCAAAUGCCCCUCGAUACGGGAUGCGUACCGCUGCUACUGGCAUGCAGCUUACCAUCGGCACGUCCAGUGGUAUCAUGAGUUCAUUCAUUUACCCAACCAAUGAGGGUCCGCGGUACAUCAAGGGCCAUACAAUAACGAUGGCAAUGGUGGCCUAUUCCACUGUUGUCUUCAUCUGCCUGUCGCUCUGGUUCAGGUAUGCCAAUCGCCGCAGGGCUGAGGGUAAGGAUGAUCAUCACGCCAAUGGUUUGUCUGAGGAUGAGACCAAUGAGUUAGGUCACGGAUCACCUAACUUCCAUUUCACGUACUGA